UCAUCAACACAGGCUUCGACAGAGUCCCCCAAAAACCACCGCCGUCUUCGCUUUUUUCUUCUAUAUAAUUAUCCUCUUCCCUUUCCGAUGCGCUCACUGUUUAUCUCUAAAAUCUCACCCAAUUCUGCUUUUCUCCUCUCCAAUUUUCGAUUCCGAAUCCCAAUCGCCGCCCUCCGAUCCCUCACUUUCAGCUCCUUUCAUCGAUCUCCGCCGCCAAUGCCUCCCCGUAUGGCUAUGGUCUCUCAUGUCGACUCCGAAGGCCCUCUCGCUCGGAGAUUGUGGAAUAAGUGUCGUAGAGAGUCGAUAUUCUCGAUGUACACCCCAUUCUGCGUUUGUCUCGCUUGUGGGACUCUCGAUGUUGAUACAUUUCGCCACGUUGUCGAUCAGGAUGUUCAUUUUCUCAAGGCGUUUGCUCAGGCGUAUGAAUUAGCUGCUGAAUGUGCUGACGAUGAUGACGCAAAACAUUCAAUCAAUGAGCUGAGGAAGGCAGUGAUGGUAGAUCUGAAAAGGCAUGCUUCAUUUGUUAAGGAAUGGGCUGCUGAAGGCGGAAAAGAGUCUCCUAUCAACCCUGCUACAGUAAAAUAUACCGACUUUGUAUUGGCAACGGCAUUUGGCAAGAUUGAAGGAGAUAAAGGUCUUGGUAAUCUUGCCACCCCGUUUGAGAGAACAAAGCUUGCUGCUUAUACUCUUGGUGCCAUCACACCUUGUAUGAGGUUGUACGCCUAUUUAGCUACCGAGUUUAAGGGAGCUCUUGGUGCUGACCAUGGCAAUCAUCUCUACAAGACGUGGAUCGAAAACUAUGCAUCUAAAGAUUUUGAGGAAUCAGCUGCGAGAACUGAAGACAUUCUCGAGAAACUCUCAGCAACUUUGACCGGUGAAGAGCUCGACACCAUUGAGAAGCUUUAUCACCAAGCUAUGAAACUCGAGCAAGAAUUUUACUGCUCUCAGCCUGUUUCCCAGAAAACAGUAGUUCCUUUGAUUAAAGAUCACAAUCCUGCAACGGAACGAUUGGUACUGUUUUCUGACUUUGAUUUGACAUGCACAGUCGUCGAUUCGUCUGCCAUUCUCGCAGAAAUUGCAAUGGUAAGAGCUCCGAAACCUGAUCAGACUCAGCCUGACGACCAAAUUACUCGGAUGUCAUCAGCUGACCUCAGAAACACAUGGGGUGUUAUUUCCAGGCAGUAUACAGAAGAGUACGAGGAAUGCAUUGACAAAAUCACGCCCCCUGCAACUGAGGAAUUCAAGUAUGAAGAUCUGUGUACAGCACUUGAGCAACUCUCUGAUUUUGAGAAACGAGCGAAUAAUAGAGUCGUCGAGUCUGGAGUUCUUAAGGGCUUAAAUUUUGAAGAUAUAAGACGGGCUGGUGAACGUCUUAUUAUUCAAGAUGGUUGUUUUAAUUUCUUCAGAACCGCUACUAAGAGUGAAAAUUUGAAUGUUGGUGUCCAUAUACUCUCAUAUUGCUGGUGCGCGGAUCUCAUAAGGUCAUCUUUUAAUUCAGGUGGUUUACUAACUCAAGUGACUAUACAUGCCAAUGAGUUUGCCUUUGAAGAAGCGGUUUCGACGGGUGAUUUAGUUAGGAAAGUAGAAUCUCCCAUUGAUAAAGUCAAUUCGUUCCGGAAAAUCUUGGAGAACUAUGGCAAUGAUAGAAAGAACUUAACAGUAUACGUCGGAGACUCCAUCGGGGACUUGCUUUGCCUACUUGAAGCAGAUGUAGGAAUUGUUGUUGGGACAAGUUCCAGUCUAAGAAGACUGGCAACUCAAUUUGGAGUCUCUUUUGUUCCGUUGUACCCGAGCGUGGUACGAAAACAGAAAAGUCUUACCGAAGAUACAGAAUGCAGUUGGAAGGGAUUGUCUGGUGUCCUUUACACUGUCAAUUCGUGGGCGGAAAUCCAUGCUUUCGUUCUUGGAUGCGAGAACUAAUCUCGCUUGCUUUUCGAUAUUUACCGAGUUGUGUCUGCAUCAUCGAUUGUAAAGAAGAUUCAAGUUGAUGGCGAGUUUUAUAGGGCCAACAACAACGUUUUGCUGUUGUCUGUCCUUGGCAACAUUUUAUUUAUACUUUUGGUUAUUGUGAAGGAAGGGUUUAUAUAAAACAUUUGAAGCUUAUACUGUGUAUCCAUUGAUUAAUACAGGUGGGUACUAUUCUAUUUUUCUACCA